UCUCUCUCUCUGUCUUUCUUUUUUCACUCUGCCUCUCUCUUUCUCUCUCUCUCACUCACUCACAGAUCUAUUCUUCAGAUGUGAUUUCAUCUAUCUGUCUCCCCCAGCAGUCACAAUGGGUUUCUGAAGAAUACAGACAGAAGUGCCUUGCCUGAAGCCUGUAGCUGUGUGGACCUUCUAGACCACACCAGGAGCCCAAGGACUGCCAACCCUGCCAGCUGAACCUUCUGAUCCCUGGUCCCUGGUGGUGCCCCCAUCCUACCCAUAAUCCUCCCUGCCAGCUGAACCUUCUGAUUCCUGGUCCCUAGUGGUGCCCCCAUCCUACCCAUAAUCCUUUCCUGCCACGUCUACCACCUCUCUGGAACUGUCUCGGCUCCCUUGUAGCCUGACUGUGACAACACACAGGAUUUUCAUCCUUCUGUGUGGGUGAGAGGGGGCUGUCCUCCCGCUGUCCCUCCCUCCACUCCGCCCCCUGCUACCUGCUCCCUCGGCACAACAUGGGCCAACCCGAUCAAUAAUGUGUUUCGCCAUCCAUCUCGCCUGACAGUUCAGCUGAGGAAAGUGAGAGAGAGAGAGAGGAGUACAGAAGUUGGAACCGCCUGUACAAGGCAAGAUUUCGUCAGUGCCACCAGCCCAGUGUCAGGCCCUGGAGGAAUCUCAUCAACCCCAGUAACAGGUUCUUAGGAUGGGCAAUAGAUCCUAGCAGAGGCCCUGGCUCAGAUCUAAAAACAGGCCUCGGAUAGAAAACACCUUCUUAUUGACUUGUUUCAUUUUGAUUUCUCUCAGUGACAUUAGAAACAAACUUUCAUCACACAUUCUUCGACAUCACAUUCUGCCUGGAUAUCCGUUGCUCUUAAUCGGCUACUUCUGCCUGGAUAUCCGUUGCUCUAAAUCGGCUACCUCUGCCUGGUUCAAAAUGGCGGUAAACCUGACACCUAUUCGGGACACAAAAUGGCUGACUCUGGAGGUGUGUCGUGAGUUCCAAAGAGGGACGUGCUCGCGACCGGACAGCGAGUGUAAGUUUGCCCACCCUGCCAAGAGCUGUCAGGUGGAGAAUGGACGAGUCAUCGCCUGCUUUGACUCCCUCAAGGGUCGUUGUUCCAGGGAGAACUGUAAGUACCUACACCCUCCUCCCCACCUGAAGACCCAGCUGGAGAUCAACGGUAGGAACAACUUGAUCCAACAGAAGAACAUGGCCAUGCUGGCACAGCAGAUGCAGCUGGCCAACGCCAUGAUGCCCAGCACACAGCUACAGCCUACAUGUAUGCCGGUCCCCAUGUUCUCUGUGACGCCCAGCCUUGCCUCUAAUGCCAGUGCUGCCGUGGCCGCUGCGUUUAACCCCUACCUGGGCCCGGUGUCGCCCGGCCUGAUGCCUUCUGAGAUCAUGUCCAGCGGCCCGGUCCUGGUGACCAGUAACCCCAACGUCUCCAUGCCCUCUGCUGCUGCUGCUGCCGCUGCACAGAAACUCAUGAGGACAGACAGACUGGAGGUGUGUCGGGAGUACCAGAGAGGUAACUGUACGCGGGGGGAGAGUGACUGUCGCUUCGCCCACCCCUCAGACAGCACCAUGAUAGACACCAACGACAACACCGUGACCGUGUGUAUGGACUACAUCAAGGGUCGCUGCUCCAGGGAGAAGUGUAAAUACUUCCACCCUCCAGCCCACCUGCAGGCCAAGAUAAAGGCUGGCCAACACCAGGUCAACCAGGCUGCUGCCGCAGUAGCCAUGACUCAGACGGCUGUCCAAUCACUGAAGCGACCCCUCGACGCAACCUUUGACCUGGGGCUCUCACCUGUUUUACCUCCAUUACCAAAGAGACCCACAGUUGAAAAAGCCAACGGUGCCACUGCCAUGUUCAACGCCGCCAACAUGUUCCAGUACCAACAGGCCCUGGCCAACAUGCAGUUUCAGCAGCAGUUUAUCCCAUCAGGCUCGAUAUUGUGCAUGACACCUGCAACAAGUGUUGAGUGGGACUGGACUGGAUUGGGACAGACUGUGGGUUGCAGACAGGUACCCAUGAUGCACGGUGCUACGCCCGCCACUGUGUCUGCAGCCAACUCCUCUGCCACAAGUGUUCCCUUUGCAACCGCAACAGCCAAUCAGAUUCCAAUAAUAUCUACAGAUCAUCUUACGAGUCACAAGUAUGUGACUCAGAUGUAGAAGUCUCUACCAGAACAAUGAAACUGGAGUGUGCGGGUGUUCCAUCCGUCCCAGACAACAGUUCACCCUUCAUGCCUGUAACCACAGAAAUAGAAUCUUUAGAAUAGAUUCUAUUUCUAUGCCUGUAAGCAUAGAACUAGAAUCUUUAGAAUAUAUUCUAUUUCUAUGCCUGUAACAUCCAGAACACCAGGAGACUCCAACCACCUGUAAACUGUAGUGGUUCUGACAUGCAUGCUACUCAAAGAGAUCUGGUUUGUCAUAAGGUGGUGAACGUGUGUAUUCUACACACACCAUAACGGACAACAGCACCACCUACACAGAGAGGAACUGUGUCAUCUACAGAACAUUACAGCCAGCCUUUAUAUCUGUGGAGGCGUCAUCCAUUAAAACACCGGACACACUUUGAAUGUCAACACGAGGAGAUAGUCACGCCCACUAGUUUGGUAUGUCAGCAGACCAAGACUCUCUUUUAUGUUAUUUUCAGUUUGUUUUUCUGUAAUUUAUAUGAUUUUUUCAUGGUUUACACAAAACAAAGUUGCACCUUGUAUUUUAAACAAGAAGUGGAAAUGACGAGGAAUUGUAACUAAUUGCCAUAUUGGACUGAAAGAAUUGUGCACGGCUUGUUUGUAGAUGAUUUGGUUCUUUACAAGACCAACUUGGUUGAAAUGGGUUAGUGGGCUUGGUGCCAUAAGGACAGCUGAAUGUUGUGGGUUUAGUACACCUUUGUGUUUUAAAACCCAUCCCAGCUUUACUAGAUAUGUUGCAAGCUCCACUUAAAGUGCCAUAGACUAUGUACGUAUAUAUCCCAAAAACAUUGAGUGUUAUGAGGUCAUUAUAGCCGUGUUAAAGUGUUAUCCUGGGGAACGCCUUCAAAGUCUCUGAUGUCUCUAGUGUCCUUGUUCCGUGAAUGUUUGUCUACAGUUUGACGUCAUUAACAGAUGAACCAUUCAUGGUCUUUGCCUCUUGGGUACGCAGUUACCCACCUUAGGCUGUUUGGGUUACCUCUGGACUUCUUUUAAUUUGCCUUGACCUUAGAUUCCACGGUGUGAGUCAGACAGAGAAGGGGUAUUGGUUCUGUUAGGACCCAGUCCUCUCUGGGUAUAAAGUCUAUAGACUAUAGUUGGUUCUGUUAGGACCUGGUCCUCUCUGUCUCUGGGUAUAAAGUCUAUAGACUCUAGUUGGUUAUGUUAGGACCUGGUCCUCUCUGUCUCUGGGUAUAAAGACUAUAGACUCUAGUUGGUUCUGUUAGGACCUGGUUCUCUCUGUCUCUGGAUAUAAAGGCAAUAUACUCUAGUUAGUUCUGUUAGGACUUGGCCCUCUCUGUCUCUGGGAAUAAAAUCCAUAGACUCUAGUUGGUUCUGUUAGGACCUGGUCUUCUCUGUCUCUUGGUAUAAAGGAUAUAGACUCUAGUUGGUUCUGUUAGGACCCAGUCCUCUCUGGGUAUAAAGUCUAUAGACUCUAGUUGGUUAUGUUAGGACCUGGUCCUCUUUGUCUCUGAGUAUAAAGUCUAUAGACUAGUUGGUUCUGUUAGGACCUGGUCUUCUCUAUGUAUAAAGUCUAUAGACUCUAGUUGGUUCUGUUAGGACCCAGUCCUCUCUGAGUAUAAAGUCUAUAGACUCUAGUUGGUUCUGUUAGGACCCAGUCCUCUCUGGGUAUAAAGUCUAUAGACUCUAGUUGGUUCUGUUAGGACCUGGUCUUCUCUGUCUCUGGGUAUAAAGGCUAUAGACUCUAGUUGGUUCUGUUAGGACCUGGUCCUCUCUGGGUAUAAAGUCUAUAGACUCUAGUUGGUUCUGUUAGGACCUGGUCUUCUCUGUCUCUGGGUAUAAAGGCUAUAGACUCUAGUUGGUUCUGUUAGGACCUGGUCCUCUCUGGGUAUAAAGUCUAUAGACUCUAGUUGGUUCUGUUAGGACCUGGUCCUCUCUGUCUCUGAGUAUAAAGUCUAUAGACUCUAGUUGGUUCUGUUAGGCCCCAGUCCUCUUUGACUCUGAGUAUAAAGUCCAUAGACUCUAGUUGGUUCUGCUAGGACCUGGUCCUCUCUGGGAAUAAAGUCUAUAGACUCUAGUUGGUUCUGUUAGGACCUUGUCCUCUCUGUCUCUGGGUAUAAAGUCUAUAGACUCUAGUUGGUUCUGUUAGGACCUGGUCCUCUCUGUCUCUGGGUAUAAAGUCUAUAGACUCUAGUUGGUUCUGUUAGGACCUGGUCUUCUCUGUCUCUGAGUAUAAAGUCUAUAUACUCUAGUUGGUUCUGUUAGGCCCCAGUCCUCUUUGUCUCUGAGUAUAAAGUCUAUAGACUCUAGUUGGUUCUGUUAGGACCUGGUCCUCUCUGUCUCCGGGUAUAAAGUCUAUAGACUCUUGUUGGUUUUGUUAGGACCCAGUCCUCUCUGUCUCUGGGUAAAAAGUCUAUAGACUCUAGUUGGUUCUGUUAGGACCCAGUCCUCUCUGGGUAUAAAGUCUAUAGAGUCUAGUUGGUUCUGUUAGGACCCAGUCCUCUCUGGGUAUAAAGUCUAUAGAGUCUACUUGGUUAGGUAUGUUAGGACCUGGUCCUCUCUGAGUAUGAAGUCUAUAGACUCUAGUUGGUUCUGUUAGGACCCAAUCCUCUCUGUCUCUGGGUAUAAAGUCUAUGGACUCUAGUUGGUUCUGUUAGGACCCAGUCCUCUCUGAGUAUAAAGUCUAUAGACUCUAGUUGGUUCUGUUAGGACCUGGUCCUCUCUGGGUAUGAAGUCUAUAGUCUCUAGUUGGUUCUGUUAGGACCUUGUCCUCUCUGUCUCUGGGUAUAAAGUCUAUAGACUCUAGUUGGUUCUGUUAGGACCUGGUCCUCUCUGUCUCUGGGUAUAAAGUCUAUAGACUCUAGUUGGUUCUGUUAGGACCUGGUCCUCUCUGUCUCUGAGUAUAAAGUCUAUAGACUCUAGUUGGUUCUGUUAGGACCUGGUCCUCUCUGGGUAUAAAGUCUAUAGAGUCUACUUGGUUAGGUAUGUUAGGACCUGGUCCUCUCUGUCUCUGGGUAUAAAGUCUAUAGACUCUAGUUGGUUCUGUUAGGACCUGGUCCUCUCUGUCUCUGAGUAUAAAGUCUAUAGACUCUAGUUGGUUCUGUUAGGACCCAGUCCUCUCUGUCUCUGGGUAUAAAGUCUACGGACUCUAGUUGGUUCUGUUAGGACCCAGUCCUCUCUGUCUCUGGGUAUAAAGUCUAUAGACUCUAGUUGGUUCUGUUAGGACCCAGUCCUCUCUGAGUAUAAAGUCUAUAGACUCUAGUUGGUUCUGUUAGGACCUGGUCCUCUCUGGGUAUGAAGUCUAUAGUCUCUAGUUGGUUCUGUUAGGACCUUGUCCUCUCUGUCUCUGGGUAUAAAGUCUAUAGACUCUAGUUGGUUCUGUUAGGACCUGGUCCUCUCUGUCUCUGGGUAUAAAGUCUAUAGACUCUAGUUGGUUCUGUUAGGACCUGGUCCUCUCUGUCUCUGAGUAUAAAGUCUAUAGACUCUAGUUGGUUCUGUUAGGACCUGGUCCUCUCUGUCUCUGGGUAUAAAGUCUAUAGACUCUUGUUGGUUUUGUUAGGACCCAGUCCUCUCUGUCUCUGGGUAAAAAGUCUAUAGACUCUAGUUGGUUCUGUUAGGACCCAGUCCUCUCUGUCUCUGGGUAUAAAGUCUAUAGACUAUAGUUGGUUCUGUUAGGACCUGGUCCUCUCUGUCUCUGGGUAUAAAGUCUAAAGACUCUAGUUGCUUCUGUUAGGACCUGGUCCUCUCUGUCUCUGGGUAUGAAGUCUAUAGACUCUAGUUGGUUCUGUUAGGGCCUGGUCCUCUCUGUCUCUGGGUAUAAAGGCUAUAGACUCUAGUUGGUUCUGUUAGGACCCAGUCCUCUCUGGGUAUAAAGGCUAUAGACUUUAGUUGGUUCUGUUAGGACCCAGUCCUCUCUGUCUCUGAGUAUAAAGUUUAUAGACUGUAAAGGCUUAAUGAAUGGGGCUUUGGCCCUGGACCCAAUAUUAUGCCAAAAGUCUCACUUGUGACGAAGAAGGGGUGGAGACUGUGAAAAAGGAAGGAUAGAAUGAAGAACUCCUGAAAGUUGCGUGUUAAACCAAACGGCUGAGUGGAGUGAGGAGCACUUUCCAAGAGUUACAGGGUGGCUUAUGGUUGAUUUGUUCUAACAUGGUGUGGUUUUCAUUUUAUUAUAAUUAAUUUAAUGAUUUUUUUUAAUUGUAUGUUUUAUUAAGUGCAGUUUAUAUGGUCUAUGAUAUGUGAGAGAACUUGUGAAGACACAUUAUGUGUAUUUUAAUGUGUGAUAGUAUGGAUGCUUUUGGAUAGAUACAGUCAAAUGUUUUUCUGGUAUUUUUCUUCUGUGUUCUGUGUUGACAUAUGUGGGUGCACUAGUGGAGCUCUGUUCAGCAAAUGUGUGGGGCCAAAAUCACAAAUGAAGUUGUGUAUGGACAAGAGGGGGGUGAGUGUAAAUUUGUGUAUGGAAGCGUGGGGGAGUGUAGAUUGUGUUUUGGUUUAUUAAACCCUCAUGCUUCUGCAUGCCUUGUAUGAAAAGACAUGGUAUGGAAGAGCUUGACCUGAUUGUAUUACUCAUCCAAAGCCUUAGAAAACACCACGAGGUCGGCACAAUGCAACAAGCCAUUUCAAAUCGUCCUCUUGCCUAACCCUUGCUGUUUUGUCGCCACACAAAGCUUUCGUGGUAUAUAUGAUUGUUGUCUUUCACUCUAAACAUGUAUUUCUUGUUGAGUUAGUUUUUUUCAAGAAGAUUAAUGUCUUAUUUUAUUUUGUUUAAAUGCACGGAUUACAUUUUUUAUAUUUAGUUAAAGGAGUUUUGUCUUACUAGAUUUUACCCGUAACUUUUGUAGGAUUCUGAAUAGUAGGUAAUAUGUGUGUGUUUUGUGUUCUUCAUACCAUAUUUUAGUUUUCUGAAAUUUCCUGUAAUGUUGAUUUGAAUAUUUACUGUAGUGUUAUGAUUGUAAACUGAAUGAUUUUUAUUUUCUGUGAACUCUUAAGAAUUAUUUUAAUUUCUUGUCUGUUUGAGUUCCUUGAACAAAGAUAUUUUGUGUGGGUAUCUGACUUUGAGGAAAUACUAGGAGAGUGAGAGGCUUGCUGUGACAACACUCACUGACAGUGGAGUAUUAUUUGAAUGAUCGUCUGGUUUGUAACUAGUCACUCUUAUAAGGAAAAAAAUAUUAUAAAAAAAUCUAAUUCUUAGAUGUGUAGGUUUAAAAAAAAAAAAAACAUUUUCUACUGUAUUCUCUUCAAAUAGUAACUAUUGUUUGAAUAUUUGUAAUCUCCCUGGAUGUCAGGCCAUGUUGAAAAUAUAGCUGCAUAUUUGAUCACUCUUAGGGGGCGUUACAGUUGAGGUCAGGGGUCGGAGGCGGGUCGAGCAUGGAGUACGCACACUGAUCUCUUUACUUAGCCACAAACAAGCAAGGGAAAACCUACAGGGCUGUGGAAAAGUAUUUUGCCCAAUUCUGAUUUUCUCGAUUUUUGCAUAUAUUUGAUACUGAAUGUUAUCAGAUCUUCAACCAAAACCUAAUAUUAGAUAAAGAGAACCUGCGUUUACAAAUAACAACAAGAAUGGAUACUUAUUCUAUUUUAUUAACAAGGUUAUGCAACACCCAAAUCCCCUGUGUGAAAAAACGAAUUGCCCCCUCACGCUCAAUUACUGGUUGUGCCACCUUUAGCUGCAAUGACUGCAACCAAACACUUCCUGUAGCUGUUGACCAGUCCCUCACGUUGCUGUGGAGGUAUUUUCACUCUUACAUGCAUGAAUGACCACUUUAACUCAACAACAUUUGUGGGUUUUCAAGCAUUAACUGUCGUUUCAAGUCCGGCAACAACAUCUCAAUAGGGAUUAGGUCUGGACUUUGACUAGGCCAAAUUUGUUGCUUUUUUUACCAUUUUCAUGUAAACAAUUGUGCGUUUUGGAUCAUUGCCUUGCUGCAUGACCCCGCUCGCUUCAUGUUCAGCUUACAGACGAAUGGCCUGACAUUCGCCUGAAGAAAUCUCUGAUACAGAGCAGAAUUAAUGGUUCCUUCCAUUAAUAACUUUUCAUGUUCAAAACUGUGCACUCUCCUCAAACAAUAGCAUGGUAUUCUUUCACUGUAAUAGCUACUGUAAAUUGGACAGUGCAGUUAGAUUAACAAUAAUUUAAGCAUUCUGCCAAUAUCAGAUAUAUCUAUGUCCUGGGAAAUUUUCUUGCUAGUUAUAACCUCAUGCUAAUCGCAUUAGCCUACGUUAGCUCAACCGUCCUGUGGAAGGGACAUCGAUCCCGAAGAAGUUUUAAGGCAAGUUGUCCAGGUCCUGAGGCAGCAAAGCAUCCCCAAACCAUCACACUACCACCACCAUGCUUGACCAUUGGUAUAAGGUUCUUACUGUGGAAUGCAGUGUUUGGUUUUAACCAGGCAUAAUGGAAAAAGCUGGGUCCUGCAGCAAGACAAUGAUCCAAAACACACAAUCAAGUCUACAUGAAAAUGGCUAAAAAGCAACACGUUUUGGAAUGGCCUAGUCCAGACUUAAUCCCAAUUGAGAUGUUGUGGCAGGACUUGAAACGACAGUUCCUGCUUGAAAACCCACAAAUGUGGCUGAGUUAAAGCAGUUCUGCAUGGGAGAGUGGGCCAAACUUCCUCCCCAGCGACGUGAGAAACUAAUCAACAUCUACAGGAAGUGUUUGGUUGGAGUCAUUUUUAUUUCAUUAAAAAAUAUAUGUUUAUUUUAUUUAACUAGGCAUGUCAGUUAAUAAUAAGAAGAAAUGGUUAUUUACAAUGACAGCCUACCCCGGCCAAACCCGGACGAUGCUGGGCCAAUUAUGCACCGCCAUAUGGAACUCCCAAUCAUGACUGGAUGUGAUACAGCCUGGUCAUUGCAGCUAAAGGUGGAACAACCAAUUAUUGAGUGUAAGGGGGCAAUUAAUUUUUCACACAGAGGCAUUGGGUGUUACAGAACUUUGUUUAUGAAAUAUAUAUGUAAAUAUUGUGAUAUUUGUUCACUCAGUUUCUCUUGAUCUAAUAUUCGUUUUUUUGUUGAAGAUCUGAUAACAUUCAAUAUCAAAAAUAUGCAAAAGUGGAGAAUGUUUUUGUUUUUUUAAAGGGGCAAAUACUUUUUCACAGCAUUGUAGGUGAAGAAGGUUGACUUUCUUGCACUUCUGUACAUAGUCAAAAAAGAGAGAAUCAUGUAUAAAAUCUAGAUCUUAUUUUGAAUAAAAAAUAUCUAUAACAACAAUACAUUUUGCUAGGAUCAUUUAAAAAAAAAGAAUGAAAGGCUGAAUUAAACUGCUUGUAUAAAGUGGCACAAGAGUUCUCACUCUGUAGCCCUUUCGGAAAAAGGCAAUGUGUUGCUCUUCGUUUUUGCCAGCGGCUUUUAGUUUGUCAGGAAACCUUCAGAUUAAGAUGUUAACCUCUGGAGAAAAGGGCCUGACUGGCUUUGUCCGGUUUCAUGGCAACGUUCUUCCAGGCCCAACCAAUCAAAACAAGUCCUGUUUUAGCCAGAAAGGAACGCAUGUUAAAGGAACAAAACAUAUACCUUUGGAAAAGAACUACUUCACAACAGAGUAAUAUUGAAUAAGUCAGUAUGUUACACAGCAUUUACAGUAUACAGUAUAAUAUCAAUGUAAUGGACUAAAAUAAAAUCAACAAAAAAACAAAACAGUGGUUUACUAAAUAGACUAAGAAUAUACUCAUUUCAAGAGUUAUAACUCCUACAGGACAUACAGUACAUACAACAGAAACACAAUAGCUGUCAGUGUGUCUCUUUCUGUUUAGAAGCUAUGCUUCUGGUUGAUGAAAUGGACAGAAACGUACAAGCAGUUUGCCAGGUAAACUAUAGGGAACCUAUAAACAGUUUUCUGUGUUACUCACGGGCUUCAACGUUAGUCCAAACCUUGACGUGACUUUUCAUCUGUCCCGAGCAUAUGCCUGAUGUUAUAAUAUGAUGUAAUCUGAGCUUUACGUUUUCUCAGCUUGUAGUGCUAAAACGAUGUAUUCUGUCUUCUGCUGCCGUUUGGUCUCUGCUUAUUUUAUUGUUCAGAGCCCCCUGAAAGUAUUUGUGCCAUGUGGCCAGAUGUCCACCAUAAAGCACAUGUUAUGUAAGCACUGAUCUAAAGCCACAAUCUAAAGCCAUAAUAUAUUUUCCAUAUAAAUGAAUCAAUGUUGAGCAGUAUUCAUAAGAGUGAAGGAGCAUGAUUGGUUAGCCAGGGGAAUUUUUUGGUCUCCCGUUUAUAAAGCUGGUCUUAACAAAGUUGAGUGAUUGAUGAAGAUGCACUGUGCUAACUUGGAAAUAAUUAUUUGACUGGCAAUGGCUAUCAUGUGGGAAUCCUUUCACCGGGCUUCAAUGGCUAUUCCGUGGGAAUCCCCUCAUAGGACUACAACGGCUGUUAUGUUGGAAUCCUUUCAUAGGACUUCAACGACUGUUAUGUUGGAAUCCUUUCACCAGGGUUCUAAUGUUGGAAUCCUGUCACCAGGGUUCUAUCAUGUGGGAAUCCUUUCACCAGGCUUCUAUCAUGUGGGAAUCCUUUUACCAGGCUUCUAUCAUGUGGGAAUCCUGUCACAAGGCUUCUAUCAUGUGGGAAUCCUUUCACCAGGCUUCUAUCAUGUGGGAAUCCUGUCACCAGGCUUCUAUCAUGUGGGAAUCCUUUCACCAGGCUUCUAUCAUGUGGGAAUCCUUUCACCAGGCUUCUAUCAUGUGGGAAUCCUUUCACCAGGGUUCUAUCAUGUGGGAAUCCUUUCACCACGGUUCUAUCAUGUGGGAUCCUUUCACCAGGGUUCUAUCAUGUGGGAAUCCUGUCACCAUGCUUCAACGGCUGUCAUGUGGGAAUCCUGUCACCAGGGUUCUAUCAUGUGUGAACCCUGUCACCAGGGUUCUAUCAUGUGUGAAUCCUGCCACCAGGGUUCUAUCAUGUGGGAAUCCUGUCACCGGGGUUCUAUCAUGUGGGAAUCCUGUCACCAGGGUUCUAUCAUGUGGGAAUCCUGUCACCAGGGUUCUGUCACCCGGGUUCAUUCAUGUGUGAAUCCUUUCACAAGGGUUCUAUCAUUAUAAUGUUGCGAAUCCUGUCACGAGGAUUCUAUCAUGUGUGAAUCAUAUCACCAGGGUUCUAUCAUGUAUGAAUCCUGUCACCAGGGUUCUAUAUCAUGUGUGAAUCAUUUCACCAGGGUUCUAUCAUUAUCAUGUGUGAAUCUUGUCACCAGGGUUCUAUCAUGUGUCAAUCCUGUCACCAGGGUUCUAUCAUGUGUGAAUCCUGUCACCAGGGUUCUAUAUCAUGUGUGAAUCCUUUCACCAGGGUUCUAUCAUUAUCAUGUGUGAAUCUUGUCACCAGGGUUCUAUCAUGUGUCAAUCCUGUCACCAGGGUUCUAUCAUGUGUGAAUCCUGUCACCAGGGUUCUAUAUCAUGUGUGAAUCCUGUCACCAGGGUUCUAUAUCAUGUGUGAAUCCUGUCACCAGGGUUCUAUAUCAUGUGUGAAUCCUGUCACCAGGGUUCUAUAUCAUGUGUGAAUCCUGUCACCAGGGUUCUAUCAUGUAUGAAUCCUGUCACCAGGGUUCUAUAUCAUGUAUGAAUCCUGUCACCAGGGUUCUAUAUCAUGUGUGAAUCCUGUCACCAGGGUUCUAUAUCAUGUAUGAAUCCUGUCACCAGGGUUCUAUAUCAUGUGUCAAUCCUGUCACCAGGGUUCUAUAUCAUGUAUGAAUCCUGUCACCAGGGUUCUAUAUCAUGUAUGAAUCCUGUCACCAGGGUUCUAUAUCAUGUGUGAAUCCUGUCACCAGGGUUCUAUAUCAUGUGUGAAUCCUGUCACCAGGGUUCUAUAUCAUGUAUGAAUCCUGUCACCAGGGUUCUAUAUCAUGUGUGAAUCCUGUCACCAGGGUUCUAUAUCAUGUGUGAAUCCUGUCACCAGGGUUCUAUAUCAUGUGUGAAUCCUGUCACCAGGGUUCUAUAUCAUGUGUGAAUCCUUUCACCAGGGUUCUAUAUCAUGUGUGAAUCCUGUCACCAGGGUUCUAUAUCAUGUAUGAAUCCUGUCACCAGGGUUCUAUAUCAUGUGUGAAUCCUGUCACCAGGGUUCUAUAUCAUGUGUGAAUCCUGUCACCAGGGUUCUAUAUCAUGUGUGAAUCCUGUCACCAGGGUUCUAUAUCAUGUGUGAAUCCUGUCACCAGGGUUCUAUAUCAUGUGUGAAUCCUGUCACCAGGGUUCUAUAUCAUGUGUGAAUCCUGUCUCCAAUGUUCUGAUGCUUUAUAUGAUUCUUGCUGUUAAAUAUUUAAAAAAAAAUAAAAAAUAAAAAAAUACAUCAAAUCCAAUAAAAGUGAUUUUGCUC